AUGGCGCGAGCCGUACGGCUUAGACGCUUAGCAGCUGCCGCUCAGCCUACUCCAGAUCAUGUUGGAGCCAGUCUGGCACGUUGUAUUGCUCCUUUGACUGCCAAUGUUCGAGUUUGGGGCUCGUCACUAGUUGAGCUCAACCCACAUCUCUCACCUAUCCUGAUGCACAAAAAAGCACUGGCCUUCAUCAGACGGUUUAAGAGAGUCAGAUUGUGUGUUAAUGGUCGUAUGGUGGUGCCCAAUGGUAUACAACUGAGCUCAUUGAGGCCUCAGCUUGCUGGAGGAGAUCUGUUUAUCGCAGCGCCGCAGCACAGUGGUAAAACAUUUUUGUACUUGCUCCCCCAAGCCAUUCACCAUGCGUACACGAGAGUGAAUGGAGCUGAUAGCAUUCAUUAUAAAACCUUGGUACUUGUACCAACAUUAGAUCUCGUUUUGCUUGGCAGCAGGAGCGCGGCUGGAGUCUUGAGACAGACGUCUAACGUAUUGGCAUUAUACUACAGAGAUGUAACCAACGGUCAUUACAAAACCCUUAUACCAAAGGCAGAUAUAAUCUAUACAACACCACAAUGUGCUCUGAAAGCCAUUUUGGGAGCCCCCAAUGUAUUCAAGGAUCUAAGGGCGCUGGUCCUUGACGAGGCACAAAGGCUACUCAAGGUGCAGUCGGCUCCAACCGUUCUGCGUGUGAAAUCUUUGUUGCAACCAGACAUUCAGACGAUUGUUUUGGCCCCUCGAAAUGACCACAUGCUACGAGAGAUUGUGAGCCGAGCACUUAGGGUUGAUAUGAAGCUAAUUUCGUUCUGCACGGAGUAUGACGGCUACCCAGUGGCUCGCCAUUUUUGGGGUCCUCAACGCAGUACCAAGUUUCAUGUGUUGCGUGAUGUAAACCUGCAUGAGACAUGCCCUGCGGAACCAACAAAUGGUAUAGAACUAAACGUCCAACAAAGCAGGACACGGGUUAUCGAAAAUUCCCAGACCAAGGAUAUCUUUGUCGAUAGACAUCACCAAUCUGAAUACAUUCUCUACAACCCUUCAAAUAUAAGUCAACUGAUAUACUGGACGGCUACGCGUGGUACGAAGACAGUAAUUUUCUUCCCCACUGUAAGGAUGACGCAGUUCUGCUACAUUUAUUUCAAACAUUUGGUGGGAAUAGAUAGACAGUUGCACGCACUUCACGGAGGAUUAUCGCCAGAGAAACGGAGAUACACAAUUGAUUUGUUUUCGUCAAUUGAUGAUGGUGUGUUAUUUUGUACAGACAUUGCAUCCUUGGGACUCAAUCUCGGCAAGGUCGAUCUAGUGGUUCACGUUGGAGCCCCGGAGUCAGUGGAUGUGCUGGCAGAUCGUGCGAACAUAGUUCAACGUGGAGAUAAUGAUGGCAAUAACCUACUUCUGUUACAUGACCUGGAUGCUCACGUGCUCUACGAGGCAGCACAACUCAACUGUAACAUAACGCCGCGUCAAGACACUUGUCAUGAAGGGGUCCAUUUUGAGGUUCUACACUCUUGGGUUAACAAUCCUUGUUACCUAGCAUCAUGCGAGCUUAUGUAUAGAUCUUUGAUUGGAUACUACUGUAAUCAUGCAUACCGACUCAAGUUUCAGCGCUGGCAGGUACCUAGUCUGAUAUACGAAUUAAUUCGUUCCUUCGGUUUCGAAAACACAUUUAGUGUGACAAAACAGUUUGCUUCAAGGCUACAACUGUGGGACGCACCAGGACUCGUGGUAGAGAAUAAAUCGGCAAAAAAAACAGAACUUCAGGCCGCUGCAGCCGCCUACCCCGGCUUCCGGUCAAGGUUUUUGCAAACAAAUACAGCUACAUUCGACUAUAUGGCAAAAACAUGUGCGUUGAUUGGAACCUAA